GUGUGUGUGUGAGUGUGUGUGUGCAGACGUAUGUAUGAGAGAGACAGAGUGACGGGGGCGAGACGCGAGAGAAAGACUAGAUAUCAGAUCCACACAGAGAGCUUCCGAUCACAAAAACACUGAAGAUGGAACAACUGGAUCGCGACGCGCCCCCGAACCCAAUGACCAAUUAGGAGCGAGCAAUUAUUAUCUUUCGUGGAUCCGGACACGCUGGACCAGACCGCUCCAUCUCCUCACGCCUUCAAGAUUUUAGACUUUUCUUCUUUUUUUCCCCUCCUCUCCAGCAAUCUUUCAAGUGGAUUACACGAAGGUGGCUGGAUCUUGAAGAAGGAGUGCGUCAAGUGAGCGCACGUAUCCAACAAGUGGAUGCAUGAAUUUGUUCGCAGCAGACAGACGCUGAAGAGAAAAAAACCACAAAGUGGAUUGAUCACCUACAAAUCUGAUCGAUAACGUGCACUAAUUAGCUCAGAUGUGGAGCUCGUGCUGCUUGAUGGUGAUGUAUAGAUGUGCGCAUUGUCUCGGCCUGAGGUAGUUUUUACAUGUAGUGACUUUUGUGCAUUAAUUAGACGUUUUUCAAGCUAAUAAUCGAACUGCAAUGAGGUAAGAGCAACAUUUUUGUCUUCAGUCAGUGACCGUAAGGAAGAUCUCGCUGCGGUAUCCACCGUCUCCCACCUCACCCAGCUCCCCCCAUCCAUGGACUCGCUUCUCCGGUGCCCUCGGUGAUUGUAGAGGGGGGAAGUUGGGAUCCUCUCUGUAGACAUUUCUGUAUGACGAGGGCGCAGGUGGCACCCAAAGGUCGCAGCCAUGCCGAUGCAUCCAGUCACCUCCACGCUGAUGUACCGGGGGAUCUGCACCAUCCCGGACAUCCUCUCCUACAGCGCCCCGGUCAACCUGCCCGAAGACGAAGUUGAAGAGAUCCGCGAGGCCUUCAAAGUGUUUGACCGCGAUGGGAAUGGGUUCAUUUCUAAACAGGAGCUGGGGAUGGCCAUGCGCUCCCUGGGCUACAUGCCAAACGAGGUGGAGCUGGAAGUCAUCAUUCAGAGACUGGACAUGGACGGCGACGGCCAGGUGGACUUUGAGGAGUUUGUCACUCUUCUGGGCCCAAAGCUGACGGCAGCUGGGUUGCCAGAUAAGUUCCACGGCACCGACUUUGACUCCGUUUUUUGGAAGUGUGACAUGCAGAAGCUGACGGUGGAGGAGCUGAAGCGGCUUCUCUACGACACCUUCUGUGAUCACCUUUCCAUGAAAGACAUCGAGAACAUCAUCAUGACCGAGGAGAACCACAUAGAGAACCCUGAGGAAUGCCAGGUGGAUAUAGACAGUUCCAGCCCGACGCAGCAAGUGAAGCAAACUUGUGUUCGCAAGAGCCUGAUAUGCGCCUUCGCCAUCGCUUUCAUCAUCAGCGUCAUGCUCAUCGCGGCCAAUCAGGUGCUGCGGAGCGGCAUGAAAUAGGAGUAGCUGCUUUUUUCAGCCUUGACCACCACCUAAAGGCUGCCUUACAGAUAAAUGACUGCAGAGAUCAAGCUAAAAAAAAUAUAUAACAAAUCUAACAGACAAUCACGCAGCUGUAAAACACGCCCACACAUGGAACUGGAGUCACCAAGGACACUACAUGUGCAGGAAUUUGUCUUUUUUUUUUUUUUUUUUUUUUUUUGCCCGGAGACAUGCUGACAACUUGCAGAGGACAACAGGAACUCACAAACAAAGAGACAGCGCUGUGUUUAAAGUGGACAGCUGACUAUACAUAUCACUCUUCGUAAUACAACAUUUAGUAUUGAUUAGCUAUGUGCAUUUGAGCAGUGUUGCAUUCGUACGGUGGCAGCUAUAAAAGAGAAGUGUAGUGACCAGUGUCCAGUUGUGUAUUUGUCCAGUGUACCAUGCGGUUUGUCGGUAGAAAGAAAUCUGUGAAAUAUUGUGGGGACAUUGGAGAAAAUGUAUUCCUGAGCCUGGAAGGGGUUUGUUAUGUGUAAAAGUCUGGAGUGCACAGCGUUGUGGAGAUAUCGUAUGCGGUGCAACAUUGUUCAAAAAAACCACUUGAGAAUAACAGCAGCUUGGUAGGAAACAAAUAAUAGGGUUUGCAGGGAGGUGGAUGUGAUUGCGUGGAUACUUUUUUUGCUCAUUCGCAGGCUGCAGGGAUUCAGCCUGAGCGACAUGCAGCAGGUUAAAGAGCUGGCGGGGAGGAAGGCGUUGAAGUCGGAAAAACGGACAGGAAACGGGCCGGACGUGCAGCAAAACACUCGACUCUCUCCGUCUCCGCUGUGAGGCUCUGCAGGCCUCGGAGGAUGACCAUCAUCUAUGCAUGAAAUGCAUGGAUUUAAACAAGUCGUCUUGACACAUUUGUAAAAGUUCUUAUCAAUGUAUUACUCAUUAUGACUGUGUAACAGCUGUUUUCAAUUACUACAUGACAACUGUGAGCAAUUGUGUGUGGUGCGGGGUAUCGGCAAUCACAACAAGAGUAAAGCAUACAACUGCAUGAAAAAGAAGGGCUGCUGUAGAAGAUGCUCGUAAAUUUAAAAAAAAAAAAAAAAAAAAAAUGUAGGAUUGCUACGCUGUGCAGUGGACCUCGCCUUGCUGGGCGCCUCCCACGCCACCCAAGAGCAAACAACUCCAAGAUUUGUGUCAGUCAACCAUUUAAAUAAUAUGCAUCUAACUGAUCUGGUUGGUAGUGCGGAUACAAAUGCGCAGGAAUGUAUUUUGUUCUUUUUUUUUUUUUCAGUUGUUGGUUUUCUGUCUGGAUGCGUUGCUAUAGAGCAAUAAAUGUACGUAGAGUCGACAUCUCACUUUGCUUUUUGACCGACACGAAUCUUUUAAAAACACCAAUGGACCUUUUAACUGUUGAGGAUGGAAAAGUUUCUAUAGCACUUUUCAAAAUAAAGGUUUUGGCAAUACAACCAGAGACACAGAGAUGAGUGGAAACGUUGAGGAGCCAAAUGGUGUAAACUGUUGCAAUAAAACAUAAAUAUCUGUGAAGCACCACGUUCAUUUCGAUUGGGUGUAGAUUAGAUUGUCGUGCAUGCAUCUGGGUUAGGUCUUUCAUUAUCAAUGUGUAUUGUACAUAUGAACUUCAACCAAAGCUUUGGAGGAAAUCUGUGACAACAGAACUGGGACACAUAAACCAGAGCAAGCUCAAUAAACAACUGAUGAAAUUAACAUUUGAAUUAUUGAGAAGAUAACCAGAAAUCCAGCACAAGUGUUGUGCUCGCUGACUUCUUUUAGGAAGGAUUUCUUACCUGAAACUAAGAAAAAAAAGACAUAUUUGGAACAGGAAAAAAGCCCUUCAAAAUGCCCUCAAAACAAGACUGCAAUACAGAGAUGUAAAUAAUUCACAUCUUAUGAAUAUCCCUUUUUUAGGAUCUCUAUUGGCAGCUCCUCAAACUUGGAUCACACACAAGCCAAAACCUCACAGAAGCAACAAAAUUAGACUACCCUAUCGCCCAGAGCCAGGCGGGAUAACGAUUAUCUGAUGCACUCGGGCAAUUUGUCAAAAGUGUCAAGUCUGUGGGGAACACGAGGAAGAAGAAAAAAAAAAAAAGCCCAUUUAUUACAGAUACCUUUGUUUCCAUUUUUGCACUUUAAGAUGUGCUGCAGCGCACAACAACAACUCACCGCCAUGAUUGUUCAUCCAAUUCCUGAUAUAGUUUAGGCAUAAAGAAUUACUUUACCAUAGAUGUAUCUAUUUUUGUGAUAAGAAUAUGAUGGAAUAGAAUAUAAACUGACUGACAAAUGAUACCGUCUCAUUCGUUUUCUACAACACCGUCACCGAGGGGACAUUUUCAUGGGGAAUAAAUUUAUAACAAUUUAAUUUGUUGCCUUAUUCUUUUGAGACACUUUGGCAUACAUACAAACACACAAACCAUGGGUUUAUUAUUUUAUCACCAGAGAAAAAUGUACAAAUCAAUAUUUAUUUUCUUUCUACCGAUGAAAAAAAACUGUACGAACAUGUUGAUAGUCUACUGAAUGUUCUAUUUCCAUCGUACUGUACUUUGAUACUUGUCUUUGGAUCUUGCAAAAAUGUUUAUUGACCAUGUGAUAUCUGUUCAUUAACUCCACCCGAUGUUCUUCUUCUAUGUCUGUGGAAUGGUAUUUCACAUGAAUAAAAUAACGACCAUGUUA